ACCAAAAAAGAAGACAACGACAACCGCGAGAACCAAAUUGCAACCAACCCUUCCAUCCACCCAUCCAUCGAUAACCCUACAUACUAACAACAAACAAAUCCCUAUUUUUCGAGAAGCAACCAUGAUAUCCCGGCUCGCAGUUUCCCUUCCACGACGCGGCCGCUCCGCCAUCUCGGCGGCGCUGGCCCCUGCCGCAGCGAGGGCAACCCCAAGCACAACCGCCACGGCAAAACGCUCCAUCACCAGCCACUCCCAGCUCCCCGAGGAAACCGGCAUGGUGUACGAGAUGUGCCGCAAGUUCGCCGACGAGGAGCUCGCCCCCAAGGCCACCGAGUGGGACCAGAAGCACGAAUUCCCGACCGACGCCGUCGCCGCCCUCUCGGAGCUCGGGCUGAUGGGGAUCAACACCCCCGAGGAGAACGGGGGCAGCGGCCUCGACGCCCUUUCGUACGCGAUCGCCAUGGAGGAGAUUUCCCGGGGCUGCGCAUCGGUCGGCGUGAUCAUGAGCGCACACAACUCGCUCUACCUGUCCCCCGUCCAGGCCUUUGGAACGCCGGAGCAGCACGACGAGUGGAUCGCCCCGUACGCCUUUCCCUCGGUCGGGGCGGACGGCAGGCUGGAGAACGUGGGCUGCUUCUGCCUCAGCGAGCCCGGCAACGGGUCGGAUGCGGGGGCGGCGUCCACGACGGCCAUCCGCGACGGGGACGACUGGAUCCUCAACGGGACCAAGGCCUGGAUCACCAAUGCCUACGAGGCCGAUGCGGCCGUGGUCUUUGCGACGACCGACAAGAGCCUCAAGUAAGUCGGGUCGAUUUCGCGUGUGCAGUUUGUUUUGAUGUGAUAGGUUGAGUCGCGCAGCCCUUCUAUAUGCUGGCUGCAAACCACCAGUUUUCUCUGCCGGGGCUUUUUUGUCUUGUCAUGCUCGAUUCGAUGCAAUGCAGCAGAAACAAACACGAAACUACGCGCAUCUUUACCUGCAUAGUUCUCACCCGCCGUCUUGUUUUGCAUCUGCUGCAAUGGUUUCCAGGCACAAGGGCAUCUCCGCCUUUAUCGUCCCCGCCAGCGCCGAGGGCUACAGCCUGGGAGCCAAGGAAGACAAGCUCGGCAUCCGGGCUUCGUCGACGGCCAACGUCAUACUCGACAACGUCCGCGUCCCCGUCAAAAACCUGCUGGGGGCCGAGGGCGAGGGCUUCAAGAUCGCCAUGUCCACCCUCGACGGGGGACGGAUCGGCGUCGCCGGCCAGGCCCUGGGAAUCGCCUCCGCCUCGAUCGACUGUGCCGUCCGGUACGCCCUCGAGCGGACCGCCUUUGACAAGCCGAUCGCGAACUUCCAGAUGAUCCAGCUCAAGAUCAGCAAGAUGGUCCUGGCCAGGGACCAGGCCCGGCUCCUGACCUGGAGGGCGGCGCAGCUCAAGGACGCCGGAAGCAGCUUUACGAGGGAGGCCGCCAUGGCCAAACUGGCGGCCUCCGAGGCCGCGACCAUGUGCAGCCACCAGGCGAUCCAGAUUCUUGGGUGAGUGGGCAAGCGACGUUGUGUGCAUUUGGAUCCGCAUUCCGCGAUGGGUUUGGUUCGUUCCGGGGUGUGGUGUGUUGUAGGACCCACCCAAUCCUUUGCAUUGGUAUUUGUUUGGACCAAUCCUCACUCAAUCUAUCCUUUCUUUUGGUUGUCGUGUUUUGGUUUGUUUCUUUGGCGGUUUGGCUGAAUCGGCUCGCGUUUGUCCUGUUUCUCACCACAGCGGAAUGGGCUACGUCACGGAGAUGCCCGCCGAGCGGCACUACCGCGACGCCCGAAUCACGGAGAUCUACGAGGGAACCAGCGAGGUCCAGCACAUCGUGAUUGCGUCGGACGUCAUCAAGGAGUUCAAGGGCAAGAUGUGAUCUGAUUCACCUGCAUUCCCUUGCAUCGAUCGCCCGGAGGCCGUGUAUCGGUGGGGUUCGUCGGUUGGACAGAGCUUUUUUCGCUCGACACUACAAAAACGGCACGGCACCAAAGACUGCUGCCAGGCAACCACCGAAAGCCACAAAACUCUCACACAAAUGUGCGUUUUUGUCUGUACGAUAGUUAGAAGCGUUACUACAGUAUUACACUAGCUAAAAAGUUACCUUGUCAUCGGAUGCCCCACGAACCGUGGUGCUGUAGUUUACUGUACUGCGCAUUGCACAACAGAACAUGCGGCACCCAGGCGUGCAGGCCCGGAUCGCCCCGUUCGGGGGAAUCGUUGCGGCGCGCCCUGCGCCUCCUUCGUAGCGUCCUUAUUCGGGCCUUUUGUUCCGUGGUUUGGUUUGUCCGGCAUCGCCUCGCUCCGUUCCGCCCGGCACCCGUUCCGUGGGUUGCGCUUCGCGGUUCGAACGCCGCGAUUGCCGUGCCAGUCCAACGCAAAAAACCCACAACCGCAAA